AACGGCAACUGCCAGCGACCACGACCUCCUGGACAGCGACCAUCAUGUACUCUAUCAUAUCGAGUACGAAGGCUACUGGCAGCAGCUUGAAUCUCCCGCGGAUACUAGCCGUGACUCCGAGGAGACAGAAGCGGUCGUUCUCGUCAUCCAUACCAGUUAGGGAACCGCAGAAGCCGACGAACACUCGCAGUCUACAGACUCAGGUCGCUCCAAGACCAGACCCGGUCUUCCCAUGCAUCGAUGCCCACUAUGCACGAGCAUCACGCGUCGAGCGCCGACCACCGCCUUUCCUUCCUGCUGCUCGUCAUCCACCCCGCGCACCAUCACCACACGGACCGCGGAUCCCAGAGGCGCCAAAUACCGAACCUGGGUCCGGUCCUGAGCCCGCAUACUCCUACCCAACAGGGUACGAGAUCUAUCACCACACGGAACCGUUCCCCCUCUGCUAUAGCACCAUCCCUCUGCCUGGCUUCCAGCUCGCGUACGAAACUUGGGGCACGCUAAAUGCCGACAAGUCUAAUGCGAUCCUGCUCCAUACAGGACUGUCCGCUUCGUCACACGCAGCGAGCACGGCCAAGAACCCGGCCGAGGGCUGGUGGGAGCAGUUCAUCGGUCCGGGUAAAACGAUCGACACGAGCAAGUACUUUGUCAUAUGCACGAACGUACUUGGAGGAUGCUACGGCUCGACUGGUCCUAGCUCGCCUGAUCCGAGCUCACCGGCAGGAGAGCCGUACGCUACUCGGUUCCCUGUGCUGAGCUUGUUCGAUAUGGUGCGAGCGCAGUUCCACCUGCUGGACUAUCUCGGGAUCGACACGCUGUAUGCGAGCGUGGGGUCCUCGAUGGGCGCGAUGCAGAGUUUGGCUGCUGGGUGGUUGGAACCUGAUAGGGUGAAAAGGAUUGUCAGCAUUUCGGGGACUGCGAGGAGUAGUCCUGGAAGUAUCGCCAUGCGCUACGCGCAACGGAGUGUUCUCAUGGCUGAUCCUAAUUGGAACCGAGGGUUCUACUACCACGGCCAAUUCCCCCACACAGGGAUGAAGCUCGCCCGACAAAUAGCGACGAUCACCUACCGCAGCGGGCCCGAAUGGGAACUACGCUUCGGCCGCAAGCUACGUGAUAUCCCCCUCUCCGCCUCCACAGCCGAGGGCAACCCGAUCCUCGAGGGUCGCACGCCUACCGGAUCACGCGUACCUGCUCUAUGCCCGGACUUCCUUAUCGAGACGUACCUUGACCAUCAGGGCGAAGCCUUUUGCCUCAAGUACGAUGCGAACUCGUUGAUCUAUAUUAGCAAAGCGAUGGACUUGUUUGACAUGACGGAGGAAGCGCUUGCUGGGCUGCCUAUCGUCUCCCAUCGGCGAGCUGCCGCUCCAGCGGAGGAGGAGCACGGGAGGCACCGGCAACCUCUCUCCUUAGCAGCCCCAGCAGCCUUCCUCCCCUCAUUAGCACAAGGUCUCACACCGCUCAAACACAUCCCCACCCUCGUCCUCGGAAUCCAGAGCGACAUCCUCUUCCCCGUCGAGCAGCAACGGGAAGUUGCGGACGCCCUCCGGAUGGCUGGAAAUCACCAGGUCGUCUUCUACGAACUGGGCGGCGUGUGGGGACAUGAUACGUUCUUGAUUGAUGUUGCGAAUGUUGGGGGGGCGAUAAGGGGGUUUUUGCAUUAGAUGGUGGUUGGGAUGGAAGAUGAAAGGCAGGAAGGGGUUGACUUGUUUAUAUAGUAAUAUUGUACACAGCACAAACAGACGAUUGAUAUCAUGAUUU